AUGACAGGUGAGAGCACAAUUAAUCCUAUAUCAAAAUCUAACAAAUGUCACGAAUUAACAUUUACAGAUAGAGAGAACAACAGUCCACACAACACAGAUAGAGAGAACAACAGUCCACAAUACACAGGUAGAGAGAACAACAGUCCACACAACACAGAUAGAGAGAACAACAGUCCGCACAACACAGAUAGAGAGAACAACAGUCCACACAACACAGAUAGAGAGAACAACAGUCCGCACAACACAGAUAGAGAGAACAACAGUCCACACAACACAGAUAGAGAGAACAACAGUCCACACAACACAGAUAGAGAGAACAACAGUCCACACAACACAGAUAGAGAGAACAACAGUCCACACAACACAGAUAGAGAGAACCACAGUCCACACAACACAGAUAGAGAGAACCACAGUCCACACAACACAGAUAGAGAGAACCACAGUCCACACAACACAGAUAGAGAGAACAACAGUCCACACAACACAGAUAGAGAGAACAACAGUCCACACACCACAGAUAGAGAGAACAUCAGUCCACACAACACAGAUAGAGAGAACAACAGUCCACACAACACAGAUAGAGAGAACAACAGUCCACACAACACAGAUAGAGAGAACAACAGUCCACACAACACAGAUCGAGAGAACAAAAGUCCACACAACACAGAUAGAGAGAACAACAGUCCACAAAACACAGAUAACAAAACACAGAUAGAGAGAACAACAGUCCACAUGACACAGCUAGAGAGAACAACAGUCCACACAACACAGCUAGAGAGAACAACAGUCCACACAACACAUAUAGAGAGAACAACAGUCCACACAACACAGAUAGAGAGAACAAUAAGAGAACAACAGUCCACACAACAUAGAGAGAACAACAGUCCACACAACACAGCUAGAGAGAACAACAGUCCACACAACACAGAUAGAGAGAACAACAGUCCACACAACACAGAUAGAGAGAACAACAGUCCACACAACACAGAUAGAGAGAACAACAGUCCACACAACACAGAUAGAGAGAACAACAGUCCACACAACACAUAUAGAGAGCACAACAGUCCACACAACAUAGAGAGCACAACAGUCCACAAGACACAGAUAGAGAGAACAACAGUCCACACAACACAACUAGAGAGAACAACAGUCCACACAACACAGCUAGAGAGAACAACAGUCCACACAACACAGCUAGAGAGAACAACAGUCCACACAACACAGCUAGAGAGAACAACAGUCCACACAACACAGCUAGAGAGAACAACAGUCCACACAACACAGGUAGAGAGAACAACAGUCCACACAACACAGAUAGAGAGAACAACAGUCCACACAACACAGAUAGAGAGAACAACAGUCCACACAACACAGCUAGAGAGAACAACAGUCCACACAACACAGCUAGAGAAAACAACAGUCCACACAACACAGCUAGAGAGAACAAAAGUCCACACAACACAGAUAGAGAGAACAACAGUCCACACAACACAGCUAGAGAGAACAACAGUCCACACAACACAGCUAGAGAGAACAACUGUCCACACAACACAGCUAGAGAGAACAACUGUCCACACAACACAGCUAGAGAGAACAACAGUCCACACAACACAGCUAGAGAGAACAACAGUCCACACAACACAGCUAGAGAGAACAACAGUCCACACAACACAGCUAGAGAGAACAACAGUCCACACAACACAGCUAGAGAGAACAACAGUCCACACAACACAGCUAGAGAGAACAACAGUCCACACAUCACAGAUAGAGAGAACAACAGUCCACACAACACAGGUAGAGAGAACAACAGUCCACAAAACACAGGUAGAGAGAACAACAGUCCACAAAACACAGAUAGAGAGAACAACAGUCCACAAAACACAGCUAUAA